GAACGAAAAAUCUAUUUUCAGUCAGUAAAACGAAACUUCAUAAUUGUGUACUCUUCUAAGUAUUUUACUGUGAUGAAAGUAAUGUUUAGUGAAGUAUUAUUUUCGGCAUUCCGCGUUGUUUGGUGACCCCUCCUUGCUCAGCGGGAGUAUUUUCAGACGCUCCCUCCGUGGGUUCAACCGUCCCGUCAUACCUCGCGUGGCCAACGGCUCUCCACCGACUCGCUCAUUGAAUUACGGCUCUCAGCCUGUUCAGCUCGGGUUUACGGAAUAAUCUGCAUAGGUCCAGGCCACGCUAACCAAACCAAAAUCACCGUAACAACACCCGGGAGCUUCGGUGUCUUUCAGCGCGGUCGACGAGCUUGCUACCCCUGGGCUCGCUGACUGGAUUUGGUCGGGGAAGCAGGAGGGGAAGUACGGCGGAGCUGGUCCCGAGUGAUGAUGGAGCUGGAGUCGGCCAGUAACAGAGGCGACCCGGGAGCUGCCGGGGACUCGCUUCAGCCGCAGACACCGAGCAGGCACGAAAAGAGCCUGGGACUGCUCACCACCAAGUUUGUGACUUUACUGCAGGAGGCGAAGGACGGAGUUCUGGACCUGAAAGCUGCAGCAGACACCUUGGCAGUACGGCAGAAAAGACGCAUUUAUGAUAUCACUAAUGUCCUGGAAGGAAUCGGUCUGAUUGAGAAGAAGUCUAAGAACAGUAUCCAGUGGAAGGGUGUUGGUCCAGGCUGCAACACCAGGGAGAUAGCCGACAAGCUAAUCGAUCUGAAGACCGAGCUAGAUGACCUGGCUCUGCGGGAGCACGAGCUGGACCAGCAGAAAGUCUGGGUCCAACAGAGUAUCAAGAAUGUCACAGAUGACUCCGGUAACAGCCCUAUGGCGUAUGUAAAGCAUGAAGACCUCUGUGGGGCCUUUAAAGGUGACACACUCCUGGCUAUCCGUGCUCCGAUAGGUACACAACUAGAGGUACCAGUACCAGAAAUUGUUCUUAAUGGACAGAGGAAGUACCAGAUCCGCCUCAAGAGUACUUCAGGUCCCAUUGAGGUUUUAUUGGUCAACAAGGACCCCUCUAGUGCCUCUCCUGUGGUUUUGCCUGUCCCACCUCCAGAUGAUGUCCUUCACAUCCUGCCAGCACCAACACCAACCUCCCAGCUGCCCUCUGCUGCCUUAAAGGUCCCAAAAACCCCUUCAUCUGCAGCUACAAAACCAGCGUCUGCAGCAACAGAGGUGACCAGCAGCACACAGCUUCCCCCUACAACAGAAACACCUGCAGCGGUUCCUCAGCAGCUGCAGUCUUCUGCCUCUUUGGACGGAUCAGCACCUUCAGCCGUGUUUGAACCCAUUAAGUCAGACCCGUCUGAACUUUUGGACUUUCCCAAAGAACUUUCUGAAAUGUUUGAUCCAACUAAAGAGAUCAUGACCGGGGACCUGUUGGAGGACUUGAUGUCAUCUGAAGUGUUCUCGCCUCUCCUCCGCCUGUCACCUCCACCCAGCGACCAUGACUACAUCUAUAACCUGGAUGAAACAGAAGGCCUCUGUGACCUCUUUGAUGUGCCAGUUCUCAACCUCUGACCCAGC